AUGUCUUCCCUCAACCCUUUACCUCACUUAGGUCCGCAUUUGCCUACGUUCCUCCUUUCCACUCUCUUCUUUUAUGGGAUCCAGUAUACCUCGCAUAAGAUAUCUCCUAGAUUAGUAGCGAAGUAUGGGGAGUUGGAUAAACGUACGAGAACAGGAUGGGCUACACAUGUGGUUUCUAUGGUACAUGCCAUUUUAGUCAUUCCUUUAGCUUUCCGAUGCCUUUCCUCUCCAUCGCUCAAAUCAGAUCCUGUAUUUGGGUAUGAUCAUUUCGUAGGACAUGUAUUUGCGUUCAGUUCGGGUUACUUCCUGUGGGAUACGUUGGAUAGUCUGAUGAAUUCGACUAUUGGAUUUGUUGUACAUGGUGCUGCUUGUCUGGCUGUAUUCAUGUUCUCCUUCAGACCAUUCUUAGCUGGUUUUGGAGCUCCAUUCUUACUCUGGGAAUUAUCCACUCCAUUACUCAAUAUACACUGGUUCAUGGAUAAGUCCGGGUUGUCAGCUAGAUACCCGACGUUCUUCCUUGCCAACGCUCUGAUAUUCAUGCUGGUCUUCUUCCUCGCCAGGAUAGUAUAUGGUGGAGCCAACAGCUUGUUGUUCUUCCGUACGAUGUGGAAUGAGAGAGAUCGUAUACCCCUUCACCUACACAUCAUCUACUGCUCCGGCAACCUAGCUCUAAACGCUCUGAAUUGGUCAUGGUUCUCCAAGAUGCUAGAGAAGAUGUAUGCUAGAAUACAAGGUGAUGAGAAGGUCAAAUCACCCGAAGGAGGUAAAGGAGAGAAAGAACCAUUGAUUCAAGAUGAUGCUAAAGAGGGUGAAGAUCCCAGUCAAACCAAGAAAGAGGAAGAAGAAGAAGAAGGUAGUUUGACGUUACCUGCCAACCCACCUAGUCCGAUAGUGGAGAAGGGCGAUAGGGAUGUUUUAUAG